AUGGAAAUGGAGAUCGGCGUUAACAGGUCUGAUGUUCUUACUGAGAUACAUCCCUGCUAUAAAAUAGAUGCAUCUCAUGUGCUGACAAGCAAUCCUUCUGCAGAAUGUGUAUUGUUUACUGUUUUCCUUGGUACAAUAUCUGCCGUUACUGUCUGUGGAAACCUUCUAGUUAUAAUCUCCAUUGUUUACUUCAAACAGCUCCACACUCCAACAAACUUCCUCAUCCUCUCUCUGGCUGUGGCUGACCUGCUCGUUGGCGUGCUAGUAUUUCCUCUCACCAUUGACUUCUCUAUAACCGCGUGUCUCUUCUACGAUGACUUAUUUUGCAAAGUUCGGGGUACCUUCGACGUGUCACUGUGCACAUCUUCUAUUCUGAACCUGUGUUGUAUUUCUAUCGACAGAUAUUACGCAGUGUGUCAGCCACUGAGAUAUACAACUAAGAUCAAUGAUAAUGUGGUUGCGAUCAUGAUCCUGGUGAGUUGGGGCCUGUCUGUCCUAAUUGGACUCAGCUUCGUAAUUGUAGGAAUAAACCAAGAAGAAUGUGCCCAAAACUGUUUUAUUGAUGUUGUACUAGCAAACGCUAUGGGACUUAUUUUCUCUUUUUACCUCCCAGUGGUGGUAUUGCUCUGUAUCUAUCUGAAGAUAUUCAGUGUUGCACAAAGACAGGCAAACAGCAUCCAGAGCACAACGUGUGGAGCAACUGUUAGUAAGAUGGAGAGGAAGGCCACAAAAACUCUGGCUACUGUUAUGGGAGUGUUUUUGCUGUGUUGGCUUCCCUUCUUCCUCUGUACUACUGUUCUGUCCUUCAGUCAUGUUAAUGUGCCACUUCCUUUGAUUGAGCUACUUAACUGGCUUGCACUGUCUAAUUCAAUGCUCAAUCCAUUUAUUUAUGCUUUCUUUUACAGCUGGUUCCGAUCGGCUUUCAGAAUGAUCAUUUCUGGGAAAAUAGUUCAUGGUGAUUUUACGAACUCAAAACUGCUCUGA